AUGGACGCGGAGGAGUUCAGAAAGAAAGGUAAAGAAAUGGUAGACUAUAUAGCUGAUUAUUUGAGUUCCAUUGACAAAAGACGACCACUGGCAGACGUGGAACCAGGCUAUAUCAAGGAACUAGUUAGAAACGAGGCACCAAUAGAACCCGAUUCCUGGGAAGAUCUGAUGAAGGAUAUUGAACCAAUUAUAAUGAAAGGGACAACACAUUGGCACAGCCCACAUUUUCACGCAUAUUUUCCGUCAGGAAAUUCUUUUCCUGGUAUACUGGGUGAUAUGUUGAGUGAUGCUAUAGGAUGUAUAGGAUUUUCAUGGGCAUCAAGUCCAUCGUGUACAGAAUUAGAGGUCGUUAUGAUGAAUUGGUUAGGAAAGAUGGUGUCAUUACCUCCAGAAUUUCUCUUCUCUUCAAAAGGUCACGGUGGUGGAGUCAUCCAGUCUACUGCUAGUGAAGUAACAUUAACUUGUUUAUUGGGAGCUAGAACUAAGUUUAUACGCCAAAUAAAGGGAGACGAUCCUAACAUGGAGGACGGUGUUAUUAUGUCUAAAUUAGUCUGUUAUUGCUCAGAUCAGGCUCAUUCUUCAGUAGAGAAGGCUGGAUUAGUCGGUGUUGUUAAAUUAAGAAUAUUAGAAUCAGAUGAAAAGGGUUCUUUCCGUGGUGCCGCAUUAGAAACAGCAAUAAAAACUGACAAGGCUAACGGACUAGUGCCAUUUUUCGUUUGUGCUACUCUUGGUACGACAGGAUGUUGUGCUUUUGAUAAUAUAAAAGAAUUAGGACCCAUUUGUGAAAGAGAAGGUAUAUGGUUGCAUAUAGACGCUGCCUAUGCUGGAAGUUCUUUUAUUUGUCCUGAAUUUAGACCACUGUUAGAUGGAGUAGAGUAUGCAAUGUCGUUUAAUUUUAAUCCUCAUAAAUGGUUACAAGUCAACUUUGAUUGUUCAACUCUCUGGGUAAAAGACAGUCGUUUAUUAUCUGAAGCUUUUGUAGUUGACCCUCUUUAUCUAAAACAUGAAAAUGAAGGUGCUAUGCCGGAUUACAGGCACUGGCACAUUCCAUUGGGGCGACGUUUCCGGUCUCUGAAGCUCUGGUUUGUUCUGAGAUUAUUUGGACAAAGGAAACUUCAAGAAUCUAUCGUAAAGGAUGUCAACUUAGCAAAAGAGUUUGAAAAAUUAGUUCUAGCAGACACAAGGUUUGAAGUUACGUCAGAGGUUAAGAUGGCACUUGUUUGUUUUAAACUAAAGGGUACAAAUGAGAAGAAUGAAAUGUUAUUAAAAUUGAUAAACGAUGAUGGUAGAAUACAUAUUGUACCUUCAACAAUGAAAGGAACAUAUUAUCUAAGAUUCGCCAUUUGUGCUUCAACUACGACAAUAGAUCACGUGAUAUUUGCCUGGAAUGUUAUACAAGAACUGACCAACAAGGUUUAACUGAUGUGAUACUUAGAAAACAAGAAUGAUUGUCGUUAGAUAUAAAAGUUAAAAAAAAAAUCUGCUCAUUUUCAUAGAUUCUAGGCUACAAGGGUGAUUCUUCUUUGAAGGUGUCGAAAGUAAUCAUUGAGACAAAAUCUCAAUGAAAUGAUAUAAUGCCUCGAUACAUGUUUUAAGUAUUGAUUAUUUUAAAUUUUAUUUUUUGUACAAAAUUAAGGCCGUGAAAUGAGACAUUCGGGCAUCGAGUAAUAAGUAAUAAAGAUCAGAUUUAUAUACUACCCCCGCCCCCCUGUCAAAAAAGAGAAGAAAUUUGAAUGAUUUAAUUACUCAUAAUCUGGUUUAUUAUUAAAUAUUUAAGAAUGCUCAUGUAUGUACGGAAUCUAAGCUUCAAGAGUGAUUGUGAUUUGAUAGGCUGUACUAAUAACGUGGAAUAAUGUGUUCAUUUAGUAGAUCUAGUGUUUAUUUGAACUAAAAAUAUAAAAGAAAUAGCGGUCUA